UGCACUUAGGUAUGCCGGCUAAUUGGCUAGAGGUUAAAAGCGCGAAAUAGAGGCAUGUCCUAGCAAAAAGGAGGAAGGAAAAUAAAUAGGCAAAAAAGUUCAAAUCGCAAUCGCAUGAGAGAGAGUGUAUGAGAGUGUGCAGGUGCAGCGGCCAGCACAGGCACAUCAGAUGACGGUGAUUUAAUUUCGAUUUGGUUGGGAGUCCUUUCAUUCUUUGUUUCAAUUUCAUUUCAUUGACGCAAAAACCAUAUAACUAAAAACCGAAAUAAAAGGAAACGCACCGCAAAUCUGGGCGGAAACCUAAGUGAGUCUGUGCAGAUCAGAUCAUAGUGAGAUCCGUUUGGGUGUUGGAAUCGCAUCCGAAUCCGAUGGAAGCAAUCGAAGAAUUGUAUCAGCUUUCUGAUUCCAUGCGCCAGGCCUCCUCCGUCCUCGCCGACGACGAUCCCGACGACCCCGCCACCUCUAAGCGCCCUUCCACCUUCCUCAACGUCGUUGCCCUCGGCAAUGUCGGUGCUGGCAAAUCUGCUGUCUUGAAUAGCUUGAUUGGACAUCCUGUUUUGCCUACUGGCGAAAAUGGUGCAACCAGAGCUCCCAUAAGCAUCGAAUUGAACAGGGACGGCUCUUUAAGCAGCAAGUCCAUCAUCCUGCAAAUUGACAAUAAAUCUCAACAGGUUUCUGCGAGUGCCCUUCGGCAUUCUCUACAGGAUAGACUAAGCAAAGGAUCAUCAGGUAGGAGCCGUGAUGAAAUAUAUCUGAAACUUCGAACCAGUACAGCACCGCCACUGAAAUUGAUUGACUUACCUGGAUUGGACCAGCGGAUUAUGGAUGACAAAGCAAUCAGUGAAUAUGUGGAGCACAAUGAUGCUAUAUUGCUGGUAGUCAUUCCUGCUUCUCAGGCACCAGAAAUUUCUGCAUCACGAGCCCUCAGAGUGGCAAAGGAGUAUGAUGCAGAAUCCACUAGAACAGUUGGUGUUAUCAGUAAAAUUGAUCAGGCUGCUGCAGAACCAAAAGCUCUUGCAGCAGUGCAGGCUCUCCUAUUGAACCAGGGACCCCCCAAAACAUCUGAUAUUCCAUGGGUUGCUUUGAUUGGCCAAUCUGUAUCUAUAGCUUCUGCACAGUCUGGGAGUGCAGCAUCUGAGAACUCUUUGGAAACCGCUUGGCGAGCAGAGACUGAAAGUUUGAAAUCAAUAUUGACUGGAGCUCCUCAAAACAAGCUUGGGAGAGUUGCCUUGGUUGAGUCUCUUGCUGGACAGAUUCGCAACCGCAUGAAACUAAGGCUUCCAACUCUUCUCACUGGGCUGCAGGGCAAGUCUCAAAUUGUUCAGGACGAGUUAGUGAAGCUUGGUGAGCAAAUGGUUAGUACAUCCGAAGGUACUCGGGCUUUAGCUUUGGAGUUGUGUCGUGAGUUUGAGGAGAAGUUUCUCCAACAUCUUACUGGGGGCGAGGGUAAUGGUUGGAAAGUUGUGGCCAGUUUUGAAGGGAAUUUUCCUAACAGAAUUAAGCAACUUCCUAUUGACAGACACUUCGACAUAAAUAAUGUCAAGAGGAUUGUUCUAGAAGCAGACGGCUAUCAGCCUUAUCUAAUCUCUCCAGAGAAAGGUUUGAGGUCCUUAAUAAAAGGUGUUCUUGAACUGGCAAAGGAGCCAUCGCGCCUAUGUGUAGAUGAGGUACAUCGUGUGCUUGUGGAUCUAGUUUCUGCUGCUGCAAAUGCCACUCCUGGGCUUGGAAGAUAUCCUCCAUUUAAGAGAGAGAUUGUGGCAAUAGCAAGUUCUGCCCUUGAGAAAUUUAAAAAUGAAUCCAAAACGAUGGUGGUUGCACUAGUUGAUAUGGAGCGUGCAUUUGUUCCUCCCCAGCACUUCAUUCGUUUAGUGCAGAGACGAAUGGAAAGACAACGCCGAGAAGAGGAGCUAAAGAACCGGUCGUCCAAAAAGGCAACUGAUGCAGAACAGUCAAUUCUGAGUAGGGCAACUAGUCCUCAACAAAGUGGAGGAAACUUAAAAUCAAUGAAAGAGAAGUCCAAUCAGCCUGACAAAGAUAUACAAGAGCCAUCGAGCUUAAAGACUGCUGGGCCCGAUGGGGAGAUAACGGCAGGAUAUAUGUUGAAAAAAAGCGGAAAGGGUAGUGGUUGGAGUAGAAGAUGGUUUGUCUUAAACGAGAAGAGUGGCAAGCUUGGUUACACCAAGAAACAAGAGGAGAAACAUUUCCGGGGAGUCAUUACAUUAGAGGAAUGCAACAUUGAGGAACUUUCUGAAGAUGAUGAAGCCCCUGCAAAGAGUUCUAAGGAUAAGAAGUCCAACGGACCUGAUUCUGGAAAAACAUCAAACCUUACUUUCAAGAUAACAAAUAAGGUCCCCUAUAAAACUGUCAUGAAAGCUCAAAGCACAGUUUUGUUAAAGGCUGAGAGCAUGGCAGAUAAGGUUGAGUGGAUCAACAAGCUAAGAAAUGUUGCACAGUCUAAAGGUGGUCAAGUCAUCGGUGAGCAGGGUUUUCCUAUGCGACAGAGUCUUUCUGAUGGUUCCCUUGAUACUAUGGCUAGAAAACCUGCAGACCCAGAAGAGGAACUUAGAUGGAUGUCUCAAGAAGUGCGUGGUUAUGUUGAAGCUGUUCUUAACAGCCUUGCUGCUAAUGUCCCAAAAGCAGUUGUGCUUUGUCAAGUAGAGAAAGCCAAAGAAGACAUGCUUAACCAGUUGUACAGUUCCAUCAGUGCUCAAAGCUCAGCGAAAAUUGAGGAGCUGCUCCAGGAGGACCAAAAUGUCAAGCGCAAAAGGGAGCGUGUUCAGAAACAGUCUUCGCUUCUUUCAAAACUAACUAGGCAACUUGGCAUCCAUGACAACAGAGCGGCUGCAGCCUCCACUUGGUCUGAUGGAGGGAGUGCAAUAGAAAGUAGCCCAAGAACCUCUGGAGCCUCCUCAGGUGAUGAUUGGAGGUCUGCAUUUGAUGCUGCUGCUAAUGGUCCCAGCGACUUGUCAUCUAGGUAUGGUUCUGGUGGUCAUAGUAGACGUUACAGUGACCCGUCCCAAAAUGGCGAUUUGAGCUCAGGGUCAAAUUCUGGAAGUCGCCGGACACCUACUCGGUUGCCACCAGCCCCUCCGCCAUCUGGUUCAAGAUAUUAGAUAAACCAUGGUUUUCAUCAAGAUUAUGCAUUCUUGUUGUCUGGACGCAUUCAGUUUUUCUUGCUUUUAUUUCGAGACUGUUCCACACCCCUCUCUAAGUAACAUAGUGGAAUGUUAUAGGCUUGUAGAUAAGUAUUGAUUUGCAGUCAUCUUAGCAUGCGUCCAAUUUUAUUCCCUUGCUGGGUAUGUGGGGGCAAUGUUGGGUAAGAUGAUAUUGUCUUCCCAACAUUUUUUUUUUCCUAAAAAAAAGAAUACAGAUGUAAUUGUUUUGUAUCUAUGUGAUUAUCAGCAGUUAUAUCAUUUGUCCAUCAAUCGUGAUUGCUUUUA